AUCUUCUUUAGCCACAACAAGCCUGUCGAAGAGACUGUUGGACCCCGCAGCACUCUCUAAAUCAUGGUUGACAGGCGUCCUGACGGAGAAGGGUCGCGUGCGAAGCGACAGAAGACGGAGAAGGAAGACAUGGAUCCCAGGAACAAUCCCUAUCUGGCGCACAUGUACGCCGAUGAGACCAACGGCAAAGCGCAAACAUGGACCGAUGGCAGCGAAGGUCCCUUUGCGAAGUUCAAGAGACAUCAGACGACGGCUGCAAUGGCGCAAAAGGCCGAGGAUGGAGAAAUCAACCCAUUCAAUGGCAAGCCUUUCUCCAAAAAAUACUUCUCCAUCCUGAAGACACGCCGCGAUCUUCCCGUUCAUGCGCAGAGUUCCUAAAGCUCUACCAGCAGUCCCAGAUUCUCGUAUUCGUUGGUGAGACCGGUUCCGGAAAGACGACUCAGAUUCCUCAGUUUGUCCUCUUCGAUGAUCUCCCUCAGAGUCAGCGGAAACUAGUCGCCUGUACUCAGCCUCGUCGUGUUGCCGCCAUGUCCGUCGCCCAGCGUGUGGCCGAGGAAAUGGACGUCAAGUUGGGCGAAGAGGUCGGUUAUAGCAUUCGUUUUGAAGACAUGACUAGCCAGAAGACGAUCCUCAAGUAUAUGACGGAUGGUAUGCUUUUGCGAGAGGCUAUGAAUGACCACGAUCUCAAGCGGUACAGCACAAUCAUUCUUGACGAGGCACACGAAAGAACCAUGGCGACUGAUGUUUUGAUGGGUCUCCUCAAGGAGGUCGUCCUACGCCGUCCGGAUCUGAAGAUCAUCAUCAUGUCUGCUACUCUGGAUGCGCAAAAGUUCCAGCGUUACUUUAACGAUGCUCCUCUUCUUGCGGUUCCCGGAAGAACCCACCCUGUUGAGAUCUUCUACACCCCGGAGCCCGAACAGGAUUAUGUCGAGGCUGCAGUUCGCACCGUUCUCCAGAUUCACGCCACGGAGCCGGAAGGAGAUAUACUGUUGUUCUUGACUGGAGAAGAAGAGAUCGAAGAUGCCGCUCGCAAGAUCUCACUGGAAGCAGAUGAGAUGAUUCGAGAGGCGGAUGCUGGCCCGAUGAAGGUCUAUCCGCUUUAUGGAAGUCUUCCUCCACACAUGCAGCAGCGCAUCUUCGACCCAGCGCCGCCACCACGGAGACCAGGUGGUCGACCUGGACGAAAGUGCAUUGUUUCUACGAACAUUGCGGAAACUUCACUGACUAUUGAUGGUAUUGUGUACGUGGUGGACCCUGGUUUCUCGAAGCAGAAGGUGUACAACCCUCGUAUUCGAGUCGAGUCGCUUCUGGUCUCGCCGAUUUCGAAGGCUUCUGCGCAGCAGAGAGCUGGUCGUGCCGGUCGUACUCGCCCUGGAAAGUGCUUCCGUCUCUAUACCGAGGGAGCUUUCAAGAAGGAACUUAUCGACCAGACGUACCCGGAAAUUCUCCGAUCUAAUCUUUCAUCCACAGUGCUGGAACUAAAGAAACUCGGCAUCGACGAUCUUGUUCACUUCGAUCUGAUGGACCCGCCUGCCCCCGAGACACUGAUGCGAGCUUUGGAGGAACUGAAUUACCUCGCAUGUCUCGAUGAUGACGGUAACUUGACAGCACUUGGUCGUCUUGCUUCCGACUUCCCGCUGGAUCCGGCCCUUGCGGUGAUGUUGAUCAGUUCUCCUGAAUUCUACUGCUCGAACGAAAUCUUGUCAAUUACUGCCUUGCUUUCCGUUCCGCAGGUCUUCGUUCGUCCAAACUCCCAGAGGAAGCGGGCGGAUGAGAUGAAGAGUCUCUUCGCCCACCCGGAUGGUGAUCAUCUAACUCUUCUAAAUGUCUACCACGCUUUUAAGGGACCAGAAGCCCAAGCAAACCCUAAGCAGUGGUGCCAUGACCACUUCCUCUCGCUGAGAUCUCUGCAGUCAGCAGACAAUGUCCGUCUGCAACUUCUGCGCAUCAUGGAACGUGAAGAGAUUGAGCUCGUUUCCACUCCGUUCGAGGACAAGAAGUACUACGAGAAUAUUCGUCGGGCUUUGUGUGCCGGAUUCUUCAUGCAGGUUGCAAAGAAGGAAUCUCAGGGAAAGAACAUGUAUAUCACGGUCAAGGACAACCAGAACGUGCUCCUUCAUCCCAGCACCGUCUUGGGACAUGAAGCAGAGUGGGUUUUGUACAACGAAUUUGUCCUAACCACCAAGAAUUACAUCCGAACUGUCACAGCUGUCAAGCCAGAGUGGCUAUUGGAGAUCGCCCCGACCUACUAUGACAUCCCUUCUUUCCCGAAAGGUGACGUUCGCUCUUCUCUUCUUCGUGCAGCCGAAAGACUGGCCCGCAAGGAGAAGAUGCGUGCCGACCCCAGCAAGAGACGUUAAAAAGGUUUUAUGUUUCCCGUUGCGAAUACUCUCAUGAGACACAUUGCGGCGGUUGAACCCUCAGCGGUCGUCAACAUGUAGGGUGUAUCGAAGGUUCUGGUCUUCCAUGCGACUAUGUUUUUUCUCAUUUUUCGGUUCCGGAGUCUGGUAGUUCUGCGUGCAUUUAGGACUUGUGAGUCCUAUUUAGUGGCGUCAUCUAGGCCCCAGAUUGGCCUUUAUAGAUCGUGCUUUCCAUAGCUCUGUCAAAAUCCGACGCGAUGUAUCUAAAAUUUGUCCUAUGGCAUCUUUUUGUCUUUCUGUACACAGGCCUUUCCAGAGUGUACAGUCUCUCAGAUCCUGAGAUGAAAAUAUAAUGAAAAAAGGAAUUGAUUUGACAUCUUUAAAUGUC